UUCCUUGUGGAACUUGAGACAGAAACUGGACUUCUGAAGAGCAAACUCAGCUCCUGUGAAACCUGAAAGCUUCUUAUUUUUCCCCAAAUCUCUGCCUUCAGAGUUAAAGCUUUCGAUUAGGAAUAAGCAUUUCUUAAACCUCUGACAAUAUCAUUUAAGGAUUUGCAUUUUUUUUAACUUAAGCAAAGAAACAAGUUUCAUCUCUCACAGUACGUCAUAAAACUCUUCAACAGAUUCAUGGACACAUCAAUAACUAUAAGUCUGACUCUGUUUCUCACACUUUGUGUGAGCACACCAGGAGCUGGAGGACAGAAGGAAGGGGCCAAAGGCGAACACAAACAUUCACCUCGCUCCUCAGAGACAAAAGCAGGCAGCCGUUGCUCGUACACCUUCAUUGUUCCGCAGCAGAAACUGACAGGGGCUUUGUGCGUGAACACACAGUCAGGUGUGACCAACCGCUCAGAGUUGGCCCUGCUGCAGAUGGAGCUCCGACGACAGCAGGAGCAGCUGGAGAUGCUCCAGCGCCAACUGGAGCAAGAAGGCUCUCUCGCUGUGGAGGUGAGAAACCUGCGCAGACAGAGCAACCACAUGAACUCUCGCAUUGCUCAGCUUUAUGCACAGCUGCUCAAUGAAGUCAUCCUGAAAAAGGACCUGGCUUUGGAGCAGCAAAGGAUGGAGGGCCUGCUGCUGAACGCCACAACCCAGGCCCUGGACAUAUCCAAUAACCACAGAGAAUUGGAGAAGAAAUAUGGAACCUUAGCCUCCAUGAUGAGCUCUCAGAACCAGUUGAUCACCCGUCUGGAGAAGCAUUGUCAGUGCCGGGACUCCAGCCAGCCGUCUUUGCCAAAAAGUGAACCAGAGAAGAGCCAGUCGAGCGUGCAUCAUAAUUACAGCUCUGAAGCCGAUGAAAUGACCAACAAUGCUCAAAGGGAUCAAAGUGCCCCCCAACUCCAACCCGUUAAACGAGAGGGAGUUCGUCCCCCACUCAUCACCAACUCCAACCCACCCACCGACCUGCCUUUUAUCAGCUUCCCGGUCACAAAAUCUCCUGGGCCGUGGCAGGACUGCCAGCAUGUUCUGAACUCUGGUGAGACAACCAGUGGGAUCUACCUGCUCCGCCUGCAGAGCACCAACCGACUCCUGCAGGCCUGGUGUGAGCAAAGUCACAGUCAAGGAGGUUGGACUGUCAUUCAGAGGAGACAGGAUGGUUCUGUCUACUUCUACAGGAACUGGGAGCAGUACAAACAAGGUUUUGGUAACCUGGAUGGAGAAUACUGGCUGGGCUUGGAACACCUCUACUGGUUGACCAAACAGGCCCAGUACAAGCUGCGAGUGGUCCUGGAGGACUGGCGGGGUCAGCAGGUGUUUGCAGAGUAUGACAGCUUUUAUGUGGAACCAGAGAGCGACUGGUACCGCCUGCGGCUUGGACAGUACCAGGGAAAUGCUGGGGACUCCCUGUCAUGGCACAACAACAAGGCCUUCACCACUCUGGACAAGGACAAGGACAGCUAUAGAGGCAACUGCGCUCAAUACCAUAAAGGCGGCUGGUGGUACCAUAUGUGCGCCCACUCAAACCUGAAUGGUAUGUGGUAUCGGGGGGGCCACUAUCAAAGCCGCUACCAGGAUGGAGUCUACUGGGCCGAGUUCCACGGAGGGUCGUACUCCCUGAAAAAAGUUUCCAUGAUGAUUAAGCCCACAUACUUGCACAAAGUUGUUGGCAGCAAGUCAUCCUCUCUGGGGCUAAGCCAUCCUGGAAGACACCUGCCCUUCCUCAUGCGCCUCCUUGGUUCUGGAGGCAGCAGUACCACGCUGCCUCUGAGGAUGUUGGUCAUCCUCACACUCACGAUCCUAUUCUGUGGCUCUGUGGAUUCCUGCCUCUACAACCCUAUCUUCCUGUAUCCUCCAGAGAUUAUCGGAGAAUAUGGACGUUAUGCUUUCUUAAACUGUUCCUCUGAAUCCCUUGACUAUAACGACAUCUUCCUAACAGUAAAAGGCCAAACAAUUGAUAAGGAACCCUACAAAAAUUAUGUUGGUCAUCUAAUUAAGUUGGAUGACUGGAAUAUUGAUGCCAAAUGUAGUGUACAUAUAAACGACACUCAUAAAUGCUACACGGAUGUGGACAUAACUGUGUACAAGAGCCCAGGAGUUGAUCUCUUUGUGAAGAGAAAAGAUGCCACGGGGGAAAGGAUGCAGUGGGAGCUACAGUGUGACAUCUUUAAUGUCGCUCCUGUUCAGAACCUCACUGUCCGCUGGUACAAAAACGACCAUCUCAUCAGAACAAACUCUUUCCCUGGAACAACCAAAGCAGCAGUGAAUGAGUCCUCACUGCUGAGAGUCAACAUCAGCAGAGAGGAGAAUGCUGCUCUGUUUAGAUGUGAAGCUCAGCUGAACAUGAGGUCACGAUCCCUUCCUGCUGCUGUUUCUCAGACAAUCAACAUUUCAGCAAACGAAGUUCCUACUGCCAGGGAUGUCACCACUGCUCAUGGGAGCUUUAACUUGACCUCUGAGGCUGAGACGACGCCCCCUCCUGAAUUCGUCGAGGCGAACACGGUAUCCCAUCGACUCAACAUGCCUAAACCAGAAAAUUUCACAGGAAUCAACUGCUCAGCCACUGAAGAUGAUGAAAGUGCCACACUGAAUUACACCCUCUGUGUGGGUGAUACCACAAAAGCACAUCCUCCAGAAGCCACCUGUGACACACUGAAAAAAGCUUUAAGGAUAACACCCCCUGAAAUGGUGGUGAGAUAUGGAGAUUCGGUUGUUCUCAACUGCAGCGUGGAUGACCCCGAAUUGAUUCUCGUGAGCUGGGAAACAGAUUACGGAAGCCACGAGGAAAUUAACCCUUCUACUUCAACUUUGACCAUUAAAAAAGUGGAGAGCUGGAUUUUAAAGCCAAUUUGCUUUGCAGUAUCCACAAAUGGAUUUCAAUGCACUUGGGAACCAGUCAUCACAGUUUAUAAGACUCCAGAUUCUGUUUCAGUCACUGCAGUGGAUCCCGGUCCAAUGAUAGAGGGCAAAGAGUACCAGCUGAGGUGCAACAUCCAGAGUGUGGCUCCUGUGAACAAGCUUCGUGUAAAGUGGUACAGAGGAGAUGAAUGUUUGCACACAGAUCCAAAAAACAGCAGUCUUCUGAAACCACAAAAUGAGACUUCCUUUUGGACUUUCCCGCUUGAGAGAGGUGACAAUGGAUCUACUUUUCGGUGUGAAGCAGAACUGCAGUUGGGUCCAGAGCUCUCCCCUCGUACAUCCUCUGCUCCGUACACCGUCCUUGUGCACUACAAGCCAUCUUUCAAACGUUGCCCUGACAGACAUACCGUUGUAGAAAACACUUUCCGGAUUAGCCAGCUUCAGUGUGAAACUGACGGGUAUCCUCCCCCCUCUGUCAAAUGGUACCAUCCAAGUCAAAAACCGACUGAUCUGAAUAAAAUGCUCACCAGAACUGACUCAGGACUGUAUAGAGCAAGUGUUUCUAACAGUAUUGGCAACUAUUCCAUUUUUGUUGAUAUCACUGUUGAAUAUCCCCCCAGUUUUAACUGUAAAACACGUUACGAGGCUAAAAUGAACGGUGAGCUAAAGACUCCAUGUGAGCCAGAAGGAUCACCUCCACCCACAAUUACCUGGCUCAAAAAUGGAGCAGAGGUAUUUUCCACUCGGCACUUGACAAAGGAACACAGUGGAAAUUACACCCUCAAAGCAACCAACAAGCACGGAACAGCCCAACACACGUUUUAUCUGGAGAUUUUGUAUCCACCUGAAUUCAACCAGGGAAACACAAGCGAGGAGAUAAUCCCCGGUCAAAACAUGACUUUGGACUGCAGUGCUGAAGGCAACCCUGAACCAGAGACCCACUGGAACUUCACUUCUGCUGAGAAUCUGCAUAUGGCCACUGUGGGGCGCCACAAGAUCAUGACCAUCACAAGAGCCACGUCUACCAAUGCUGGCCAUUACAUCUGUGUUGCCUCAAAUAAACUUGGAAGGGUGACAAGAUCUGUUUUACUGAUUGAGAUGGGGAAAACCAGUGAUGGGCCUCUCUCUGGCUCUGUUUUGUGGAUCAUCAUCUGUAGCAUCUUCCUCACCCUCCUCCUCGUCUUUUUGGUUGUUUUGUUUUUUUACAAGAAGAGAAAACGUGGCAAAUAUAAUGUUGUUAAAAACCAGGAGCCCUCACAGAUCCCCAUGAUUAAUAUAACUGCUGCAGCGAAUCCUUAGGUACGGAAGCACAAUGCUGUUACCUCAGUAAAAUCAACAAACUUGUGUUGUGUUGACCCACACGUGUUUUGUGUUUUCAAGUUACAUUUUUACUGUAUAUCAUAGAAAAUUUCAAGUUUCAUACUUUUUUGUUGUUACAACAUAUAUCCUUUAAGAGCAAUUAGUUCAGUAACUCAAUUUAAAGAAAUGUAUGUUUUUUUUGUAAAAGUAUUCAUGUUAUUGUAUAUUAUUAUUCAUGUGACAAUAAAUACCACCUCUUUACAAGAUGGAGAAAGGGGAA